GGACCAGCCCUUUUGCCGUUGUUUUCGUAAGGCCUUUGGAUAGCAGCAGCACCAGCAGCAGCAGUCUCGCUCGGCCACAAUCGAUAUGGCAUCGACAGAUGCAACGCCGCCGCUUUCCCAGGGCGUGGCCUACGGGCUGGUCAUUGGCUUUGGCAUCGCCUUCGCACUGAUGAUGAACUUGAUCACCUGGGUAUCGAGGAAGUAUCUCAAUGAAUCCAACGACACCAACAUGCUCAUGACGGCCAAAAAGAGCGUCAAGACCGGCUUGGUCGCCGCCGCCGUCGUGUCGUCAUGGUGCUAUGCGGCCACGCUCCUGAACUCGGUUCGCAUCACCUAUCUCUACGGCUUCGCGGGUCUCUGGUGGUUUGUCUCAGGCGUCUCGGUCCAGAUUGUGCUGUUCGCCAUCAUGGCCAUCGAACUCAAGAGACGCGCACCCCGCGCCAACACCAUCCUUGAGGCUCUGCGCAUUCGCUUCGGGACCAAUACGCACCUCGUCUACUUUGCAUACGGCGUGUCGGUGCAAAUCAUCAUCACAGCGGCGUUGUUGCUUGGCGGCUCGGCGGCCUUCUCAGUGACGACCGGCGCGAACAUUGUUGCCAUGAACUAUCUGAUCCCCCUCGGCGUGGUCAUCUACACGUAUCUCGGAGGCCUGAAGUCCACCAUCUUGUCCGAUUACAUUCACACUCUCGUCAUAUACAUCAUUCUCUUCAUCUUCAUGUUCAAAGUCAUGGCGGUGAAGUCGCUGCCCGUUCUGGGGUCUCCCGGCGCGCUCUGGGACUUGCUGCAGACAGACGCCGCCAUGGCUACCGGUGGUGCUAUUGGAGCCAAGGAUGGCUCAUAUCUAACCAUGCAAUCUGGCGAGGCACUUCUACUCGCCGGAGUCAUCUUGGUCUCAAGCUUUGGAUGUGUGUUUGUCGACCCCAGCUACGGUCAGAAGGCCAUCGCCGGCGAGCCCAACGCCGUCGUGCGCGGUUACUUUUACGGAGCUUUCGCGUGGUUCGCGAUCCCUCUCGGGCUUUGCGCCACUUUGAGCUUCGUGGCCGUCGGACUCGCAAACACCGAGUACUGGCCGGUGGCCGGUGGCGUGACGAUGUACCAGAUCAGUAAUGCCUUGAUCCUUCCUCUCGCUGCCGAGGCCGUCAUGGGUAAGGGCGGCGCGGCUGCGGUCGUCGUCAUGAUCUUCAUGGCCGUCACAUCGUCUUUCAGUGCCGAAAUCAUUGCCCACGCCUCCAUCGUCACGUUCGACAUCUACCAGCCCUACAUCAACCCCAAGGCUGACGACAAGCGACUGAAACUCGUCUCACACGCGGCUCUUACAUUCUUUGCCAUCUUCUCAGCGUCAUUCGCUACGGCGCUCAACUACAGUGGUAUUUCUAUGGGCUGGAUACUAGAGUUCUCCGGAGUCAUUCUCGGGUCGGCCGUCGUCCCCAUCACGCUGGGUGUCAACUCGGCUUACGUCUCUCCAUUGUAUAUGACCUGGGCUGCCCCAAUUGGCACGGUCUGCGCGGUCUGCGCGUGGAUCGGCACCGCCAAGGGCAAGUUCGGGGAGGUUACAGUAGACACGCUGUACGACAAUUGGCCAAUGUUCGCAGGCUGCACCGUCGCGUUGCUGUUGCCUCUUCUGAUCUGGGCAGUCAUGUUUGUCUUUCCCGGCCAGAGGAAGCCAUAUGACUGGGACCGUCUCUUUCUCAUGCAGGCGCGGGAGCCUCGACCUGGCGACAAGGAGUACACCAUGGACGACCUCAGUGAUAUUGGCGAUGAUUGGGAUCCGAAGGCGCUGGCGAAGGCUAGCCGCGAUGCCAAGAUCAUCUCUACAAUCAUGGUUCUCAUCUUCCUCAUCAUCAUACCCUUUUCGCUCUACGGAACAGGAUACAAGUUCAGCCGAAAGUUCUUCACUGGCUGGACGGUUCUCGUGUUUAUCUGGUCCUGGGUUGCCGCCCUCCUCAUCUGGUGCUUGCCGAUCUGGGAGGCAAGACAUACAUGGAUGGCCGUUCUGAAGGGGCUGGCUGGCAAAUCUGAGAAACGCGCGAUAUCACCACCGGACAGCAGGAAUGAAAAUGAAGUCUCAGAGAAGGAUCGCGUGUCGACGGGUGAGACGCAGCCAGUAGCAUGAAUUAUGCAUUCAUGAGUUGACCUUUGGAUGAACCUGGCUUCGCUUAGCGCUACUUGGAUGGUGUUGUCAGCUCUGCGCCUGGCAACGUG